CACAUUCUGAGUCAGUCGCUACCUACCGUCCGUCCGCUGUGCACCAUCGCGAUUUACGUCACGAGGAUCGCGACGAAACGCAGUAGAAGCUCCCGCCUCGAGGACGGGACGAGGGUCGCCUCGGCGAGAUAGUUGCUCUUCUUCCUUCCUCCGUCUCUCUCUCUCUCUCUCUCUCUGGUCGCAGGGAAAAAUUCUGAAAAGGACACUCGUCGUGUCUCGUCGCCGAUUCGCUGACGCGAACAACGCGAGGCGCGAAAUCAGCCUGGCCACGAGAGCAUCUUGGCAGGUUGAUUCCUGCAGCAGAUGGACAAAGUUCAAUGUAUUAAACACUCACAGUCAUGGAACAAUACAAUGGUAUGAAUGAUGGAAAUAUUAAUAUAAGCGAUAUUAUCGAAGUCAUUCAAACUACGGAUCCUGGUUCCAUGGCUACUAUAGCGAUGGAUAAUGAUCAUGUUCAGCCAUAUGUUGAAAUUCUAGAACAGCCAGCCAGUAAAGCCCUGCGAUUUCGCUAUGAGUGCGAAGGCAGAUCGGCUGGCAGCAUACCUGGGGUCAACAGCACACCAGAAAACAAGACCUUCCCUAGUAUAAGAAUUAUGGGUUACAAUGGUCGCGCUAUGGUGAUUGUAUCCUGUGUAACAAAGGAUGCGCCGGAUAACAAAGGAUAUAGACCUCACCCUCACAAUCUUGUCGGCAAAGAAGUGUGCAAGCAAGGUGUUUGUAAAGUAGAAGUUCCAGCGGGAAAUAUGGUUGUUACUUUUUCAAACUUGGGCAUUCAAUGUGUAAAAAAGAAGGAUAUCGAAGAAGCUCUUAGAGUGCGUCAGGAAUUGCGGGUAGAUCCCUUUCGAACUGGUUUUGAGCAUAAGAGGCAUCCAACUAGCAUAGAUCUUAAUGCAGUGAGAUUAUGUUUUCAAGUAUUUUUGGAGGGAUCGCAAAAGGGAAAAUUUAACAAGCCAUUACCGCCUGUCGUGUCUGAUCCUAUUUAUGAUAAAAAAGCAAUGUCAGAUCUCGUGAUUUGUAAACUGAGCCAUUGUAGCGCGUCAGUCGCUGGUAGUAUGGAUAUGAUUUUAUUAUGUGAAAAAGUCGCAAAGGAAGACAUACAAGUAAGAUUUUUCGAGGAAAGAGACGGGCAGCUACUCUGGGAAGGAUAUGGCGAUUUUCAACCAACACAUGUACAUAAACAAACGGCAAUUGCAUUCAGAACACCCAGCUAUCGUACGCAGCAAGUGGAACAGCCGGUGCAAGUUUACAUUCAACUUAGAAGGCCAUCGGACGGUGCCACAAGCGAACCUUUACCAUUUCAGAUGUUACCACUAGGUACAGGUAGGCCUGCUUUCUGGUCAUUACGAAAAGCAUUUGCCAGGAAGAAGGCAGAUUACAAUACCUUUAGUAAAAUCUUGGCAACAGAGACCGCUCUCCUUGCCAAUGUAACUCCCAAGUUUCCGCGUAAUAUCGAUGAAUUCAACAAUAAUGAUCUCGACGCGAAAAAACCGCAUGAUAAAAUCUCUGCAUUGCGCGCUCUAAACGAGUUGUACAAUGUGAAAAAUCAUAUCGACUUUUGCAAUGGCGAUUUAAAAACGAUAAUAAAUUCUGCUCAAAACGUAGAUCGAGGCACGAAAAGUACCGUUUUAGAUUACGAGAACAAUGAGGUGACAAUGAGCCCCGAAAAUAACGCGGAGAGCAAAAAAGAAAUUAACAAAUUGUAUAUUCUUGGCGAUAAUAACGUAAAUAAUGACACGCUUCCUGUGAACUAUAAGGAGGGAAUUGUCGAAGCGGUUCCAUGUAAGAAACCCGACAUACCAGAUAAUGAGACAACCGCGUCCCAAAAUAUAGAUAACUCGAAAAAUAGAUCCGAUUGGUUCGAUUACUCUGAAAUAGGCAAGUGGGUGCAAAAGGGACAAGCAUGUCUUAAGGAAAAGAGCAACGAGACGGCGGAUAAAAAUACGACGGAGAGCGGCAAUAAAUCAUUGAACGAAUUCUUGUCGCAAGUGGCCGAGCUCGAUCAAAUUUACGCCGAUACUCAUAACAAAUUGGCACAAGCUUCUACGGAGACAAACGCAAAUCAAAUGAUGGACGUUGACGUUUGCGACAAUCAGACUUACACCAGCCUGCAAAUGGCCAUGAAGAAUCCGAUUGAGUUGUUUGACAUCACCGAUGACAGAAAAUACGAGGACGUGGCUGUUCCGAGGCAAGACGCGGAGAUACCUGUGCCAUCUCCGACAUCGGCUCCUAAGAGAGAUGUGACGAGCGAGGCGGAGGAAAGAUUACCACCAUUGCCCCCGAAGCGAAUACGAAAAAUGCCGUCGAUGCCUCUUUUACCGCGUCCAAUAUCCGCUCAGACGUUCAACGAUUCCUCUUCCGAGGCACCGAAUAAAAAUUUGCCGUCUUUACCCGGCACUUUAUCGAAGCACGCGAAGCAGGGCCUCUUCUCGAAAUUGUUUGCUAAGAAAAAUAAGAAAGAUAAAUGCUCAGUAUCGAAUUUAAGCGGAGAUAGCGACUCGUUAAAUAGUUUGUAUUCAUUAAAGAGCGUGCAAGACGAUACACAACUUCCACGUCCUAGCAUCACGAGUGUUACGAGCGUUAAAUCUCUCAAGUUAGACGGCGAUGAAACCCCACCGUAUGGUUUAGAUUUAACCGAAGCGGAACACUACGCUCUAUACACCACUAUGGCACCGCAUGCGACUGCCUCAGAAUUUGAUGAUUUGUCUUUCUAUUAUAGUCUAGUCGAAGGUGGAAAGAUACUGAUGGAGGGAAAAGAGACCUAAACUAUUUGUUUAAUUGAUAUCUUUGUUAUACUGCCGAGUUUUGAAAACAACUUUAUAUUUGUAUGAAGAUAUUGUGAUUUGAAUCUGGCGAGUUUUGUCUACCAAAGUGUGUAGGGUAUUAUCUCUGCUGCACACAUUGCAGCCAAUCCUUUAUUAUAUUGUCGGUUCUUGUUGUAACAAAUUUCUAGAGCUUUGAUAGAACUGACGUUUGUAUUGUUAUAUCCAAGAUUUCUCCAUGGAAUAAGAAACUUGAAAGCUAUUUCUUAAAACAUGUUUACCAUGUUAAAACGGAUUGAUUUAUGUAACUGUAAUAUCGACGCAUUUAUCCAAGUACGCAGAGUUCAAGUCUAGUCGAAUCGUGAUUUGUUACCUUUUGCUUAAUAUCUUUUUCAACGGUUUUUAUAAACUUUCUAUAAUUGUUAUUUAUUAUCAAAGUAAUUAAUUAUCUUUUCUAGUCAAGUUUCACAUGCUGUUAUGUUUUCGUAUUCUCUAAUAAUGCUUUACUAUUUUCUUGUUAAGUUUUAGACGGUAUUAUUAGUUUAUACAAUUAUCUUUUUCUUUUCAUGUUGUUGUAGAUUGUUAAUUUUAAAAAUGUUUUGACAAAAAUUUUGUCUACCCUUAAUAAUCUUGGUUUAUUUGUCGAUUCUCCUUUUUAAAUGACUUUAUUGAUACAUGUAUGCUAACGAAAAUCUUAAAGUUUACGAGGCCUUCAUUCAACCGAAUGCAAUUAGGUCAAUAUAAUGAAACUUUA